GUAGGAAGGACUGAUUGUGAUUUUGAUAGUUUUGUUGGGGCUUUUUCUUUGAGCAGGAAUAUUUUUCUGAUCUAUGCUCGUAUGAAUACCAAUGACUGCUUUAAAUUGAAACUAGCUCUGUUAGAUUUAGCCUUUUUUUUACACUCCGGGUAACUUGUGCAGGAAUCUGUGUCUGAUAUGAAGCUGUUAUCUUUAGUUCAAGGAAUACCAAUGACUGUUUUAAAUUAAAACUAGGUGUUACAUUAAUCAUUGUUUUCCUCUGGAUAUCUUGUGCAUGACGUCUUUUUGGAAACGCAGUACUGACGUUUGAAGAUCACGUGAUUAACAACCAUAGUUUAGGUUUUCUGUCCGUUCAGAUCUGGAAGGUUAGUUCCUCUUUUGGUUUCUUGUCCAUGGAUUCUGUUUUUCGCAAGCGACCUUUAUCUGGAGAAUUGAACUGAGACUUUUGCGAAAUGAAUGGACUGCUCUUAAUUUUGUACCAGUUCGGACUGUUUGGACGUUUGUGUUAAAUUUUGUUUCGGACAAACAACGUGCAUCUGGACACAGAAUACAAAUGUCGCUGUUUACAGUCUAGAUGCGAUCAUGGGCAGUGUGGAGUCGAGUUGUAUACCAUGUGGUUAAGGUUGGUAUAAAAACAAAGCUACUCACGAUAGAACAAUAAAUACUGGAAUACAACAUCCUACACACACAGUGGGCUACUAGAAAAUUGGUCUUGAUCUUAUUGUUGGAUAACGUAAACUUUUAUUUACUUAAAUUAAGUGUGCGAUUUGGCCACGUGGAGAUUUUUUGAACACGGUAUAGUGUUGAUAUAGUAGGUAUAAUUCCUAGUUGUUUGUUUAUAUACCUACUGUGUAUAUUAUGACUGGUAUCAAGUGAUAGCUUAGAGAGGUAAUUAGGAAGAAACAGAAGAGUUUAUUCAGAUAAGAGUCCGUCAUUAGUGGAUUUUAUACGUGGUCAGACCCAGAUUGUGAAAUGUGAUAGAAGACAUUUGAAGGAACUUCAAGAUGGAUGGCCAGUUUAUCUUACCGUUGAUACUAUUUAUUGGUGUUUUUAUCCAACCAGCAUUCCAAAAACAUUAUUCUGUGAUCAACAAAAACCAAUAUGGUGUCAUUCUUGAUGUGGGAAGCAGCAGCACCAAGGUCAGGAUAUAUCGAUGGUUCAAUGAUGAAGCGAAUCCCACUGACGUUCCAGAAAUUCAUCUGGCCCACAAUAAAAGGAUUAAAGUUAGUUUAGAGGAUCUUGCCCAUGAUGAAGACGAAUUAAAGCGAGAAUUAAUGGAGGCGAUAGAUAUAGCUGUAGAGUAUAUCAAUAAUACAGAGGAUAUAGUAGAUUUUACACAGAUACCUUUGUACGUCAUGUCGACUGCAGGAACCAGGACAUUGACAGGUUAUGAUGCCAGACAUUUUGUGAAGAAUAUCAGAAAGAUAUUGUCCAAUUCUUCCAUCAAUCCGUUUGAUUUUAAAGCUAACAAUAUACAGAUAUUAUCUGGUGAAGAAGAAGGCGUAUAUUCCUGGUUAUCAACUAAUUAUCUUCUUGGUUUCUUUAAUUUUACUGGACCACCUGUUUCACCUGUAGGUAUUUUAGAGAUGGGAGGUGGAUCAACACAAAUAUCGUUCAUACCACAUGAUCCACUGUAUGACGGUGAAUUUCAUCUUUACGUGGCGAAACGACGUUACGAUCUUUACGUUCACAGUUAUCUUAAUUUUGGUCAGAAUUAUAUGAAACAUCGAGUUAAUAAUUGGUUAUUACAUCAUUAUAAUAAUAAACCCCAUAUAUCUGAUCCUUGUAGAUUAGUAGGUGACGACACAAAGGUAAAACGUCACAAUAAAACGAUGAUAUUACAUGGCAGUGGUAAUAUAACACAAUGUCAACAUAUUAUACAAUCAUUUAUAGAGAAAGCUGAAGGUGACGAGUGUAGCCCUAAACCAUGUGCCAUUGGUCAUGUAUAUCAACCACACGUCUCCAAUAUUACGUUCUAUGCAUUCGGAGCAUUUAAAUAUGCACCGAUUAGUCUGAACGCCUUGGAUGAUUCCAAGACGUUAAAUAUAACUCAGCUACAGGAAGCGGCGGAGUUACAAUGUGCUAAGAAUAUAUCUGAGAUAUCUGAGGAGGAGAAACGCUAUGCUUCAGAAUAUUGUUUAAUGGGAGUCUAUCUUUCACUUCUUCUCACAAAAGCUUAUGGUUUUAAUGAAACAACGUCUAAGAUAAUUGUCUCUGAUAGAAUUCACGGAAUGAAAACAGAUUGGACAUUGGGCGUAAUGCUCCAUGAGAUUCUACAGAAACAAGCGAUGGCCACUUCUAAACCUGUGGUCGAAAUACAUUGUCCUAAUUUGGGAAAAAAAGUCCAUAGUUCCGCGUCUACCAAUGCAAAAUUGUCGUGGUUGAACCUAAGUUCCAUCAUGAUUCUUGUUACUGUGAAUAUGUGGUUGUUGGGCAUACUAGAAGAUUCCAGUGGAUGCCGGUUAGUAAGCUUCACGUGACGUGACAGAAGUUGGUUUAAUUGAUAUUAUGUGGGAAUCUGGCGGCUGAAGUAAGAUUAUGUGAAUAAAGAACGCUUCUUUUGAUUUUGCAGCUAUUUAUAGACUACGUUUACAGACUACGUUUACAUAAAACGAUCGUCAUAAAAUUACUUCGCGCAAGCUGGUCAACGAUCACGCGUAGUUAUUAUUCUUUUCAGUCGUGAAGUUUAGACUAUGGAGUGAUAGAGGGUCCAUUAUAGCUCGAUUCAAGAAACUUUUUUCUGUGGAUUGCCUACAUUUCUUAAUAUUAUGGGGACAGAUAGAUGCCUGUGUUCGCGACGGAUUGCUGACACUACUGCAGAACAUUUGUGAACUUACUGAUAUUUCGUUCCGCCUGAAUCCGACAAUUUAAAAACACGAAAAUUUAAGAAAUAUGAAUAGAAAGUGAUGCAAAGCCAUUGGACAAAUAUAUAAAUAUCUCAGAUUAUAUUCACAAAAAUAUAUCCAAGUAACUUGGAGGCAGGCCCGGCAUUCGGGCCAGCGGGGCAGAAAUUGGUAACAUUUUUGAUGGACCAUAAUAUCUGUUUUAGUAAAAUGAUUUAUUAAAAAUGACUAGAAAAGGCUACAUGUACUUUCUUUUAAUGAAACCUAAACUUUCUUGCGUUUAUGAAGGCAGUUUUGAUUGACAUUGAAAAAGUAGAUUAUCCUAGCGCGGGGACCAAAUGGGAGCAGUUGUUCCAAUUGGCUUUAACCGGUCGCAGAGUUGUCACUGACAAAUCCUUGCCCUGUGCCCUGAAACUAAAGCUUUACCCUGUGCCCUAAAAGCAAGCCCUUGCAGUCCCUGACAUCAAUCCGCCGGUUAAUCAUCUUGUAUUCUUUUUGCACUCAGAUUAACUAACUUCUAUCCAACAGUCGGUUGAUUUGUAAAAUCGAUGUCAAUUUAUAACUUCACACAUGUAGUGACGGAUUUCCAUUGAUGGUUGUUGUUGUUAUGUCUCGUGCUUAAUGGAACAGUGGUUGUAUUACUUUUUGUGGUGUUUUUGUCAUUUUGUUAAACAGGUAUGAGUUCAUGUUGUCACUCUCGUUACGAUUUUAUUCAAUAAAAUUAAAACAUUA